GGGGCGGGGCGGGCGGCACCGCCUCCUUAAAGCCCGGGGGCGGCGCGGCGCUCCCCAGUGGCGCGGGCCGGGCUGCGCAGUCGGGCUCCUUCCGCGUCUAGGGCCACGCGGGCGCAGGUCUCCCGAGCGCCGGCCCGCAGCGAGGCUGCCUCCCCGUCGAGCAUGGGGCUGCCUCGGAGGGCGCGACCGCCGACGGAACUGCGUAAGAGCCUGAAGCCGCUGCUGGAGAAGCGCCGCCGCGCGCGCAUCAACGAGAGCCUGCGGCAGCUCCGGGCGCUCAUCCUGCCGCUGCUCGGCCUGGAGAGCUCCGGCUGCUCGAAGCUGGAGAAGGCGGAUAUCCUGGAGAUGACGGUGCGCUUUCUGCAGGAGCUGCCUGCGUCCCCCUGCCUGGCGGCAGCCCCCACGCCCUCCGACGGCUACCGAGAGGGCUACGGCGCCUGCCUGGCGCGCCUGACCCGCGCGCUGCCCGCCUGUGGCGCCCUGGAGCCUGCGCUGGGCGCUCGGCUGCUGGAGCACCUGCGGCGGAGAGUGUCUGGCGCCUCCCCCGACGGCGGGCGCCCUGAGGACUCCUGUGGGUCACCCUCGCCCUCCGCGCCGGCCACCCCCGCGCCCUCGCCGCCUGCGUCUCCCCGCGGCCCCGGCCUCUGGCGGCCCUGGUAGCCCCUGGCGAGUCCACGGACGCCGCUGACGGCGCGGGGACUGAGGAAGCUCUUGGGGACUGAGGAAAGCUGCCUUUCCCACCAGGAGGGAUCAGCCCGCAGCCCGCAGCCCUGGUGUUUGUGAUCUGAGCGGCAGACUGCAGGCCGGGGGGACUCAGCUGGAAGAAAUAAAGGGAGAAGCCCACCUCACCCCCAACUUGAGGGUGUCUGGGCCGCAGGAGAAGGGGCGCGUGGCUGCAGGGAGGAGGAGGCCCCCACCCCUGCUGGCGGACGUGGCUGUAGGCCUGGACCAGCCCCAGCCGCCCAGGCAGCCGGCACACCUGUCCCGGCGCUGGCCCCAAUCCAAGGGCUGGGCCCCAGCUCACCGGAGCCAGGUGCAGCCAUCUGCUCCGGCUGGUCGCUGCCCUCCCGGCCCUUCUUGGGCCGCCUCCUCGCCAGCUCUGCUGGGCAGCCUCUGGGCAGAUGGAGCAGUGACCUGAGGGCUCUGCAGGCCGGGGAGCCAUCCCCUCCCCGCCUGGGCCCUCCUGGGCCCUCCUGUCCAAAGCCUCAGUGGCAGCGCCUGGAGGCAGCCAGGCUCGGUGCUGGCAGGGCUGGGGGCAUGGCUGGGUGGGCAGGGGGAGGACUUACUCCCCGAGCAUUAGUCUAACCUGGUUUGUGUGCCAGGUGUGAGGAAGGGGUGGGCUAGAAUGUGGGUGCCCUGCAGCCCCAAGGAGCCCAGCGCAGAGCAGCGCCCGGGCGGUGAGCCGGCCCGGUCACCGCAGCAGAGAGGCAGCGGGUGAAGGGCCACGAGGCACCUUCCCUCAUUUUCUCUGGACGCCUGCUCCCGGCUGCUCUCCAGGGCUGGUCACCGGGAGGACUUGUUCUUCAGACUUUGCUCUCCUCCCCGUGGAAGUCGGGGAGCCUGCGAAGACUCAGGGCGGGGCCGUGGGGCCCAGGACUGGGUGCCCAAGACGCGGCGGGAGGCCCACUUGGUCCUGUUCCCACCAUUUCCUGAGGGUCCGCUGAGCAUCCUCACGAAGAAGGGAGUCCUUCCCCCGUGCCUAGUCCCACAGCCUGUGGAGGGACAGGGCACUGGGGGCAGAAGACGGAGCUGAUGGAGGGGGCGGGGUCACCAAACCCGGUAUGGCGUUGGCACCGAUUUGGAUGUCACGACAUGGGAAGCUGUGGGUGUUAUUGGAGAAGUCACUGCUGCCUGGCCAGUGUGCUCAGUGGUUUGGCACCAUCCCAGCAGCAAGAGGUUGCGGGUUCCAUUCCUGGUCAGGGCACAUGCCUGGGUUGUGGGCUCGAUCCCCCGUAGGGUGUGGGUAGGAGGCAGCUGAUGGAUGUUUCUCUCUCAUUGAUGUUUCUAUCUCUCCUGCUCCCCUCCUCUCUCUCUAAAAAACAAUAAAAACAUUUUAAAGAAGUCA